GGGCGGACCAGACAGAGACCAGAGAAGGUGCUACUGCAGAGGCUGAGCGCGCGGAGAGCUUUUUGGACACAGUUGGGGGGGUUUUACGCACGCACGCACUCACGCACUCACUAUGGACUAUUGCUGAGCUCUGAGGAAGGAAUCAGUGCGUAAAACAAAGCUGCUGAUCGUGCAUCAGACCUUAACGCGUUUUUUCUUUUUUUAGUUUACAGCUGAUUCGAAACUUACUCAAAGGUAAACCGCAGCUAAUUGCGUCGAACAGCAGCUUUUGGCACCAUGAAGUUGCUGCUUUUCCCCGUUUUAAUGGCUUUUGUCGCCGUCGCUCAAGUUUUUUGCGAGGACCCAAAAGAAGAGGCGGACUACUGGACGAGCAGUAAUCAGAUUCAGGACGGCUGGUUUCCCAACGAGCCAUUAAGAGAAAUGCUCCAGAGGAUGACAAGAAAGCCGCGACCGCAUCAGUUCAUCGGCCUGAUGGGGAAACGCUCGAUGGGAAACACACAGAUCACCCACAAAAGGCAUAAAGUCAACUCUUUUGUCGGACUGAUGGGGAAAAGGAGCCAAGAGGAGCCAGAGUCCAAUGAGUGGAACACAUUACAGACGUACAACAGACGCCGCUAGACAGCCAUCUCUUCUCCGCCUGCUUCUCUUCUCCUCGUCUGCAGGGGGGAGGAGUCACCGACGCUGGGUUUUUGUUUUUCUCCAAACUGUGUGUAGCUGUUAGUUGAAUAAAAACGAUUCUGUUUCCACACUGUAGUGAAGUAGCAGUGCUGUACCUGUGCCAGUUUCCAUUCAUCAAAGCAGGAUGUAGAUCGGGGGGGUGAAAUGUUUUCUGACAACGUCUCUGUUUUUAACCAUCUGCUUCAGAGUUAAUAUUGUGGACCAUCAAAGCAAGGCGAUACCCCGGGGUAUGCUGAAGAUUGCACUGCCAAAGUCACUGUAUAGUGCCUCAUUUCUGUUUAAUUGCUACUGAUUGUUCUAUAAAUACGUAACACCGGGACGGGUUUUCAUUUAGAUUCGUCAUGUUCUCCAUCCAGACACAGGAUACCUGUGGGUGUGAUAGUGGUUUGACAAAUAUUAAAAUUAUUUUCUUUACUGGUUCAACUUCA